UUACAUCAUUCCAACGUGUCGAGGAGGUUGGAGCAGAAUUUCUUCCAUCACGUGGGUUUUUAAAACACAAGAGACGUUUUAAUUGUGGAACUUUCAUCCUAUUUAUUCUUUUAAUAUUUAAUUUGUGGUCUUUGGAGUUGCAUAAAGUGAAUAAUCAUGUCGAAGGCCCGUCUCAGUGCGAAAAUCGGUCCGUCGAUACUCAAUGCUGAUUUAUCGAGACUUUACGAUGAAUCUCAAAAAUUACUGGACAGUGGAGCUGAUUAUCUUCAUUUGGAUGUUAUGGAUGGACACUUUGUUCCCAAUUUGACGUUUGGGCAUCCCCUGGUGAAGUGUUUGAGGGGAAAAAUCAAGGACGCCUUCUUUGAGACACAUAUGAUGGUGUCCAAACCAGAUCAGUGGAUUGAACCUAUGGCUGAUGCCGGGGUAGAUCAGUACACAUUCCACGUUGAACCUGUUGAGGAUGUCCCCCUGGUCUGCAGGAAGAUCAGGGAAGCUGGUAUGAAGGUUGGUGUGGCCUUGAAACCAGGAACUCCAGUGGACGUUGUCGCGAAUUACGUCGACAAGGCUGACCUGGUUCUGGUGAUGACCGUGGAACCUGGUUUUGGGGGUCAGAAAUUCAUGCAGAACAUGAUGGAGAAGGUUUCCUGGCUUCGAAAGAAUUAUCCCAGUCUUGACAUCGAAGUCGAUGGGGGUGUAGGCCCCAGCACUAUCAAUGCCUGUGCCGAAGCUGGAGCCAACUGGAUCGUCUCAGGAACUGCAGUUAUUGGAGCUCCAGAACCCGCCAAAGUCAUAACGACCUUGAGAGAAACCGUCAAUUCUCACCUAGGAAAUAACUGAAAUUUUCCUCCAAGUGCCAAAAAACGGAGAACAAAAUAACGGGGACAGGAUCUUUCAGAAUAAAAAUAAGGUUUAUUAUUCUCGUAAUUA